CAUAUAGAGUUGUCCCGUAAUGCAAAGUUGACCUGUUUUAAUGUGGAACAGUGGAAGUAAGUCUUCCCUUCCAAAACUAAAUCUGAGAAACCCUUGUAAAACCCUGUAGACACCUCACGCCAUAGCAAUGCUCGGACGCUUCAUUGCUACCUAUUCUCGCCAUUUUCGACACUUUUCAACGUCUCUCUUUCCUCCUCCUCCUCCUCCUUUUCCUCCUAUUCGGUCUUCUCAAAUCCCUAAAAUUCAUUCUACCCAUUUCGUCGCUCGCUAUUUAUCCACCAGCAAUAAUGGCAACAACAACAACGAAAAUAAUUCCAAUUCAGAUUCGAAUUUCUGGAAUAUCUCCCAGGAAAACGAUGGUGUUGAUGCUGUUUUCGGUAUCCGUGAUGAGAAUUUGACAGGAACGAAAAAUGAAGUGGGGAAAGUAUCCGGAACAAAAACAUGGAAAUUUACAGAAAACGAGAAUGUGAGGAGUGAGGGUGUUUUUGAGGAUUUUGGAGUGGAAGAGAGCAGUGAUUUCUCUCCAACUCCUGAUUUCGAGCCAUGGCAAUUUAAUGAGGAUGAUAAAUCGGUGGAUAUGUUCGGUAUUAUUGGUGCUGUAGGUGAAGGAACGAGUGAUGUAAUUGAGAAAGAAGAUGAAAUGGUGAAUGCUGCUAAAAAAUUAGAGCUUGAAAAGGAAGAAAAAGCUCUUUUGGAGGUUCUCAAUGGUCCAAACCGUGCUUUUGGUGAUCUAGUUGCAGCAUCUGGAAUCACUGAUGAGAUGUUGGAUAGUUUGAUUGCCUUAAAGAAUUUUGAGGAUAUUGAUGGAUUGCCUCCUCUGUCACAAAUAGAAGAUGAACACUAUGAGAAGACCUUAAGAAAAUCAACUAGAUAUGAAAUGGAGCUUCAGAAACAGGAGGAAGCUGCGAAAUUACGAGUCAGAGUAGUGGAUGAGAAGGGAAGAGCUUAUGGGACAGGGAAAAGAAAGUGUAGUAUAGCUCGUGUUUGGAUUCAACCUGGAGAGGGGAACUUUUUGAUCAAUGACAAGCAGUUUGAUGUCUAUUUCCCAAUGCUUGAUCAUCGUGCGUCUCUUCUUCGACCAUUUUCUGAGACAAAUACAGUGGGUCUUUGGGAUGUCAAAUGCACUGUGAAAGGAGGUGGUGUCACUGGUCAAGUUGAAGCAAUACGGUUAGGCAUCAGCCGGGCAUUACAAUGUUGGGAGCCUGGAUUGCGUCCUCCGCUCAGAGAAGCUGGGUUCUUGACAAGGGAUCCUAGAGUUGUGGAGCGGAAAAAGCCGGGUAAAGCAAAAGCAAGAAAGAGUUUCCAAUGGGUCAAGCGUUAAUACGAUACCUACGAGCAUUUCUUAUUAUCUUGCGUCAGUGCAGCACCCUCAACCUCAAUUGUCACUUUGCCGUAGGGAAAUUUGAAUCGGUUUUUUGGGUUUCCUAGCUGCAUGCUACAUGUUGGUCUUUUUGUGCCUGAAAAAUGGAGAAAGCAUGUUUUAGUGCUAAAUGAAACACCUCUUCAUGUUUUUAUUUUUCUUUUAACUUGACGAUACAACCUACCAAAGGGCGAUGUGCAACCGCUGUGUCAAGUUUUAAUAAUUACCCGCAAGCAUAUGUGUUGUAGCAACCGGGUCUAACACAAGGAGGAUUGACCCUAUUAUUUGAAUUUGCUUUUAUUUUAUUUUAUUUUUUUUUAUUUUUUGAGUGAUGAACUUGCUGUUAUAGAUUGUGAAAUAGUUAAGGCUGGUUGUCAUUUUUAUCUAAACUAAAUUAUAUAUUUUAAACUAAUAAAAAAAAUACUAAUUAAUGGCCCA